AGUCUCAGAUCAUCAGGUGGAUGGAGUGAAUCGGUUGCCGCAGCAACAGCGUCAACUGCACCCCCACCCCCCGCUAUAAUUUGCUUUCUGAUUCAGAACGACGGUAAAUUCCCGGUACCUUCCAGUGGUAUCUUCCCAAUCCGCGCGUUGCUUAGCAGGAAGCGGCCAUCGAUAGUUUUCUAUUGACAAAUCGCAUCAGGAAAAUAAGUGAAAGUCGAUGGUUGUCCGUUCUUUCUAUCUUUCAUCCGACACCUUCCCGUUCUCAUAGAUAGCAUCCUAGCAAAUCCCCGACGGUGACUGGAGAGUUAAAACGCUGAAAACGCGUAGCCUAAGCAACUACAAUUUUCUUUCGUUCGAAUUCAGUCACUUUUUGUGCGAACAGUUUGAGCUACUCUCGUUCAACAUCAGUCGCGCGCUUUCGUAAUUCCUCUCCUCAACUGACAUUUCCUGUUUUAAAUAUAGUUUAUCUGGAUUUUUUUCUACUUUUUUCCCCACUGGCGUUGCCAACGCAACACAGAUAGCCUGUCUCUAAACGCAGUCGUUCUUCGAAAAAACCUCCUGUGGCACAUUGGUCUACGCUUUCUCCCCUGUCUCGAUAGUCUCCACCCAAGACCAACAAUAUGUUGGACCCAUCUUCCAGUGAAGAGGAAGCGGAUGAGAUAGUGGAAGAAGAAGGCAAAGAGGUGAUGGCACCAAAGACCGGGGGAGCACGGGUGUCACCCAGCCGGACCACCGACAGUUCUGGUGGGCUCCAGCCCUCGAGCCGGGGAAGCAGCGCUUGUGCGUCCAACCCCAGCCCCUCGGCGGCCAGCGAGAAGGAGAAAGAUGAUCUGGAAAAGAUGCAGAGGGAAGAGGAAGAGCGAAAGAAGAGGCUCCAGCUCUAUGUCUUUGUGAUGCGCUGCAUUGCCUAUCCUUUUAAUGCCAAGCAACCCACCGACAUGGCAAGACGACAACAGAAGAUCAGUAAGCAGCAGUUACAGACGGUGAAGGAGCGUUUCCAGGCUUUCCUCAGUGGUGACACCCAGAUAGUGGCAGACGAGGCCUUCAUCAAUGCAGUCCAGAGCUACUAUGAUAUAUUCCUGAAGAGUGACCGUGUGUCCCGGAUGGUCCAGAGCGGAGGCUGCUCGGCCAGUGACUCGCGGGAGGUUUUCAAGAAGCACAUUGAGAAGCGUGUCCGUAGCCUGCCGGAGAUCGACGGACUAAGUAAGGAGACAGUGCUCAGCUCCUGGAUGGCCAAGUUUGACACAAUCUACCGCGGAGAGGAUGACCCCAGGAAGCACCAGCAGCGGAUGACAGCCAGUGCAGCCUCAGAGCUCAUCCUCAGUAAGGACCAGCUCUACGAAAUGUUCCAGUCCAUCCUGGGCAUCAAGAAGUUUGAGCACCAGCUCCUCUACAACGCCUGUCAGCUUGAUAACCCAGACGAGCAGGCUGCACAGAUCAGGAGAGAACUGGACGGACGACUGCAGAUGGCUGAUCAGAUCGCCAGGGGCGGCAAGUUUCCCAAGUUUGUGUCCAAAGAGAUGGAGGCCAUGUUCAUAGAGGAGCUGAGAUCCUCAGUGAACCUGCUGAUGGCUAACCUGGAGAGCAUGCCCGUGUCCAAGGGAGGAGAGUUCAAACUGCAGAAGCUCAAACGAGGGCACAACACCUCCAUCAUAGACAUGGGCCAGGAGGACGAGAACACGCUGUCCAAGUCUGAUGUGGUGCUCUCCUUCACUCUGGAGGUGGUGAUUGUGGAGGUUCAGGGGUUAAAGUCGCUGGCGCCCAAUCGGAUCGUCUACUGCACCAUGGAGGUGGAGGGGGGGCAUAAGCUCCAGACUGACCAGGCCGAAGCCUCCAAACCAACCUGGGGGACUCAGGGGGACUUCACCACCACACACCCCCUGCCUGCUGUCAAGGUGAAGUUGUUCACUGAGAGCACAGGAGUCCUGGCCCUGGAGGACAAAGAGCUUGGCAGGGUGGUACUCCAUCCGACCCCUAACAGUCCCAAACAGUCCGAACUACACAAGAUGUCCGUGUCCAAAGGCUGCCCUGACAGUGACCUGAAGAUCAAACUGGCCAUCCGCAUGGACAAGCCACAAAACAUGAAGCACUGUGGGUACCUAUGGGCUAUUGGUAAAAAUGUGUGGAAGAGAUGGAAGAAGAGAUUCUUUGUCUUGGUGCAGGUGAGCCAGUACACCUUUGCCAUGUGCAGCUACAGAGAGAAGAAGGCAGAGCCUGUGGAGCUGCUUCAACUGGACGGCUACACUGUAGACUACACCGACCCUCAGCCAGGUCUUGACGGUGGGAGGACCUUCUUCAAUGCAGUAAAGGAAGGUGACACUGUGAUCUUUGCCAGUGAUGACGAGCAGGACCGCAUCCUGUGGGUCCAGGCUAUGUACCGGGCCACCGGUCAGUCCCACAAGCCAAUCCCCCCCACCCAGGUCCAGAAACUCAACAACAGAGCAGGCUCCGCACCUCAGCUAGACGCACCCAUCUCCCAGUUCUACGCGGACCGGGCGCAGAAACAUGGCAUGGAUGAGUUCAUCUCAGCCAACCCCUGCAGCUUUGACCACUCCUCUCUGUUUGAAAUGGUGCAGCGCCUCACCCUGGACCACAGACUCAAUGACUCCUACUCCUGUUUGGGUUGGUUCAGUCCAGGCCAGGUGUUUGUCAUGGAUGAGUACUGUGCUCGUAAUGGUGUGCGGGGGUGUCACAGACACCUGUGUUACCUGGGUGACCUGCUGGAGAGAGCAGAGAACGGGGCUAUGAUUGACCCCACCCUGCUGCACUACAGCUUUGCCUUCUGUGCCUCACACGUCCAUGGCAACAGGCCUGACGGGAUAGGGACGGUGACUGUGGAGGAGAAGGAACGCUUUGAGGAUAUCAAAGAGAGGCUGCGUGUUCUGCUGGAGAACCAGAUCACACACUUCAGGUACUGUUUUCCAUUUGGUCGACCGGAGGGGGCCCUGAAAGCCACUUUGUCCCUGCUUGAGAGGGUGCUGAUGAAGGAUAUUGUGACUCCUGUGCCCCAGGAGGAGGUGAAGACAGUCAUCCGUAAAUGUCUGGAGCAGGCAGCCUUAAUCAACUACCAGCGCCUCUCAGAAUACGCCAAAGUAGAAGGGAAAAAGAGAGAAAUGUAUGAGCAUCCUGUCUUCUGCUUGGCGUCUCAAGUGAUGGAUUUAACCAUUCAGAAUGUAGGGCGCUUAGUCACCCCAGCCAAAAAGCUGGAGGACACCAUCCGCCUGGCCGAAUUGGUCAUCGAGGUUCUCCAACAGAAUGAGGAGCAUCAUGCAGAGGCGUUUGCGUGGUGGUCUGACCUGAUGGUGGAGCACGCGGAGACCUUCCUGUCUCUGUAUGCGGUGGACAUGGACGCUGCUCUGGAGGUGCAGCCCCCUGACAGCUGGGACAGCUUCCCUCUCUUCCAGCUCCUCAACGACUUCCUGAGGACCGACUAUAAUCUGUGCAACGGGCAGUUCCAUAGACACCUGCAGGACCUGUAUGCCCCCCUUGUGGUGCGAUAUGUGGACCUCAUGGAGUCAUCUAUCGCCCAGUCCAUCCACAGGGGCUUUGAGAGGGAGUCCUGGGAGCCUGUCAAGAGCCUAACAAGUAAUCUUCCUGAUUUGAGUCUACCAAAUGUCAAGCUCCAAAUGCCCAAAGUACCAAAUCUACCACCAGUUAGCCUUCUAACAAUGCCUAGCUUUUCUACACCCAACUGGAUGGCAGCUACAUGUGACUCAGAUAAUGGCUCGGGGACAUCCGAGGAUCUGUUCUGGAAGCUGGAUGCGCUGCAGACCUUCAUCAGAGACCUGCACUGGCCUGAGGAGGAGUUUGGCAAACACCUGGAGAGCAGGCUCAAACUCAUGUCCAGCGACAUGAUUGAGUCCUGCGUCAAACGAACGAGGGUGGCCUUUGAGGCCAAGCUCCAGAAGAGCAGUCGGACCACAGACCUCCGCGUGCCUCAGUCCAUCUGCACCAUGUUCAACGUGAUGGUGGAUGCCAAGGCCCAGUCAGCCAAGCUGUGUGCCAUGGAGCUGGGACAGGAGAGACAGUACCAUUCCCAAAUCGACGCUCUCAUAGAGGAGACCGUGAAGGAGAUGAUCACCUUACUGGUAGCAAAGUUUGUGGUCAUUCUAGAGAGUGUCCUAGCCAAACUGUCCAGAUACGACGAGGGCACUCUCUUCUCCUCCUUCCUCUCUUUCACAGUGAAAGCUGCAUCAAAGUAUGUGGAUGUACCUAAGCCUGGGAUGGACAUUGCAGACGGUUACGUGACCUUUGUGCGCCAUUCUCAAGACAUGCUGCGGGAUAAGGUCAAUGAGGAGGUGUAUGUAGAAAGGUUAUUUGCCCAAUGGUACACCAGCACCAUGAACCUCCUGGGUAUGUGGCUGACUGACCGGAUGGACCUACAGCUCCAUGUCUACCAACUCAAGAUCCUCAUCAGAGUAGUCAAGAAAAAGUACCGUGACUUCCGGCUGCAGGGCGUCCUGGACUCCACACUAAACAGUAAGAUGUAUGACACGGUGCGGAACAGACUGACCCUGGAGGAGGCCACGGCGUCGGUGAGGGAAGGAGGGAUGUCGGGCAUAUCCAUGAAGGACAGUGAUGAAGACGACGAUGAUGACUAGAUCAACAUCACCGGAUGUAGCCUGCGAAUCAAUGCAUGUACCAACUUUGUUAACCACUGGACCAAUCUUAUAGGGUUAUUAUUUUCCACUGUCAGAUAGAUAGAAAUACCCACAAAAGAACAACAAUACAAAUUAGUAACCAAAUACAUAAAUUAUAAUGAUAUUAGUUAUUAUAAUUAUAAAAUAUAUAUAUUUAUGUGUUGAACUAAAAAAGUAUAGGUGUUUUACAAAAAAAAAGUUAACAUUUGCCUAGCAUUCACUCUUGAAUGUUCCUAAGCAAUAUGGAGAGCCAUGUAUGUGAUGUUGAGUACCAUGAUUAGGGAUAAUGCUUGGUGUGUACCUGUUGAAUGCAAACCUGUUGAGGCGCUUUGCUAACGUACUGUGAAUACAGUAAUGGUACAUCAUUGUGAGGAGGAGUGUAACAUCACCUAUUGUUCUCAUUCAUCUCAGAGCGUAUGUCUACUGCCUAAAGGGAACCAAACUACAGACAGCCAGGCAACCUGUUUGUAUCUAGAUUACAAUAUAUUAUAAAAAGUAGCUAUCCAUUCUCUCUCGUCUCUUAACAUCAAUGUAGAAUUUACUUUGUUGACUCAAUUCAAUACUCAAUACUACAUUUUCCCUCACUGGCAAAACAUUUAGACACAUUUUUUUUUUAAUUAGUUGUUUUAGAAAUGCAAUAUUUUCAUUGUUUCAUUGUUAUAUCUUGUUGGUGUAUUUAUUGAUCAUUUUUUUUAAAUAUGUCAUAUUUGAGUUAUAAUAGCAAUUAUAGCACAAAGAUAUUCAAUCACAAAG